UUUUUAAAUUAUCUCUCAAUCCUAAAAUUCUAGGUGAUGCAAAACUUGACUGCAGUAGAUGACAAAGAGCUUAUAUCCCAUCACCAAACCACAGAGCCACUCUCCUAGAUAAACCGCAGCUGCUCUGUGCUGGAGUAACAUGUGCUGCCCAUUGCUUUAGGAGGCCUGCGGUCUGAUCCUUUCAUAAUCAAUUCCCACAUCCGUCAACUAAACAGAGGCUGUAACGUCUGUGAAACGUCAGUUUAUCGUUAAAUCUGUAAAAGUUCGUGUUAUCGGUUCAAAAGGAGGGGCGGGUUUUGUUGCGCCAAGCAGAUCUGAGCUAGACCAAUGAGAGCUUAACAAUUUUGCAGCUUGCACCAAUGAGGCUUGUCUUCCGGUGAGCGUACAAAAAAAUGAGGACAGCAAGCUGGUGCCUUAAGAAAACACUGCUGAGCUGCUUGAGAGAUAGAGAGAGAGAGGGACAGAGGGAGAGAGGGUGCUGAGAUUCUGCUCUGUUGCACCAAAAGGGGCUGCUAAACUUGGCAAAGACACACUGCAGAAUUCCCGGGAAUGGAUUGUCAUAUAGAUUAACUAGCUUACAACACUGCUGUGCUUUUAACACACCCCCAGCCUUUUUUGGACGCUAGCUUGUCUUACAUUACUUAGGCAAUCUCUCCAAGUCUGAACUCCAGUCUAGCUUUUUAGCUAUAAAUAAAUAUACUUUUUUUUUUUUUUUACAAAGUGUCACUUUUGUUGUGCGCAAUGCCUGAAAUCAACUAUCUCCGCUCCGUCUCAUGGGGUUACAUCAAGUUCAAGAGAAUGCUGAACAGGGAGCUCACUCACCUGUCAGAGAUGAGCCGGUCUGGGAACCAGGUGUCAGAGUACAUCUCCAGCACUUUCCUGGACAAGCAGAAUGACGAUGUGGAGAUCCCGUCGCCUGUGCAGAAGGAACGCGAGAAGAAGAAGAAGAAACAGCAGCCCAUGUGUCAGAUCAGUGGCGUCAAGAAACUGACGCACAGCUCCAGCCUGACCAACUCCAGCAUCCCUCGCUUCGGGGUCAAGACUGACCAGGAGGACAGCCUGACCAAGGAGCUGGACGACUUGAACAAGUGGGGCCUUAACAUCUUCCGAGUGGCAGAGUUCUCCAAUAACAGACCGCUAAGCUGUAUAAUGUUCGCCAUUUUCCAGGUACCCGACUAGACAACCCGGG